AUGAAGGACGCGGUCGCUUGGGUAUCGCUGUUGGCGACAGUUUUCGGCUUGGUGACAUCAAGCCAUAGCAGUUUAAUCAACAUAUCCCCCGCGCUGUCGGCAGGACAAGAGGAUGGAUUGGCUGUCACAGUAGGAGUCGGGGUUACACUUUGGCUCGGUGAUGGUGAUUCUUGCGCUGCUGAAACUAUCACCGAAACUUCUACGCAGACUGGAAAUAGCUCUCCAGGCGCCACUACAAUUACCAUCACCGAGGCUACUACGAAGACUAUUAGUGGAUGUCGAAAUGCCCUUGCCGUAAGUGCUUCCGCCGAUGUUGGCGUUGGACCGGUCAAUGUUGCUGCAAACGCCGCCAUCGCACUGCCCGCAAAUGAAGCUAUACAAACGCUCACGGAUUACACAACCGAGAUUUUUACCAUCACAUCAUGUACAUGCACAGAUGACUUGACUAGCACGCCGACUACCUCGAGCGUGCCUAUCACAACCAGCUCAACUGUACCUAUCACAACUACCUCGAGUGCGCCUAUCACAACCACCUCGAGUGUGCCUGUCACCACCACCUCGAGCGUGCCUAUCACUACUACCUCGAGCGAAUCUGUGACAACCACCUCGAGUGAACCUGUCACAACUACCUCGAGUGAAUCUGUGACAACUACCUCGAGUGAACCUAUCACCACUACCUCGAGUGAGUCUGUGACAACUACCUCGAGUGAACCUAUCACCACUACCUCGAGUGUGCCUGUCACCACUACCUCGAGCGAACCUGUGACAACCACCUCGAGUGAACCUGUCACAACUACCUCGAGUGUACCUGUCACCACUACCUCGAGUGUGCCUGUCACCACUACCUCGAGCGAACCUGUGACAACCACCUCGAGUGAACCUGUCACAACUACCUCGAGUGUACCUGUCACCACUACCUCGAGUGUGCCUGUCACCACUACCUCGAGCGAACCUGUGACAACCACCUCGAGUGAACCUAUCACCACUACCUCGAGUGUGCCUAUCACAACUACUUCAGGAACUGUGACAACCACCUCGAGCGAACCUGUCACGACCACCUCUAGUGUACCUGGGAUAACCACCCCAACAACAUCGACGACUAUUGGUGAUUCGACUACAACUCCUCCAGAGACGACAACCACUACAGUGACAACCAGAACCACUUCCAGCUCUGUAAGUGUUACCACUCUUCCAGUGUCGACAACAUCAGUGACUACCACCGGUAGCUCAACUGUCACUAUCCCCGAUACCACCAUCACUCCACCGGGAACAACACUUCCAGGGACAACUAUCACGACAACAAUUACCGAUCCUGCCACUACUGUCACUGUAUCGGAUGGUACUAGCACUUUACCCGGCUCAACCCGUACCACAACUGUCACUAUCCCAGAUUCACAAACGACCCAAACAAUUCCAUUUACUACUGCCACAGUUAGUGGGCCUGAAACCACGUCGACCCAGAACUCUGGCAGUACUACGGCAGUAUCCGCCUCUGUAUGCUCCACUCUUAUCAGCAACCCAUCCUACACACCUACCGCUCCGUUGCCAGAUGACUAUACCUGGGGCUGCGCACCUGGAUAUCUCUGCAAGCCACGUCAUACAGGUAACCGCUCGGAAUGCAACAUUGAAGCAGGUCUUCCCGACCCCGGAUACAUCUGCGCCCCUUCAGACUGCAUUGUGGCUCCACCUUUGGACGUCCAUCCAACCUGGCAGUACAAUGUCUCGAAUAAUUAUUACAACCUCAACCCCGAAGACUUUGGUCUCAAUUAUUCUAUCUUCGAGUUUCCGGAAGACCAAGUUGCAGCCAACAGUAAGCGCGACAUGUCCUUGUGGGAUUUCGCUGUCGCUCAAAAGGUUAAAAGAAUCGAUAUAACAAACAUUCCUACUAUUUGUUAUAACGAUUGCAACGAUGCUGCACAUGAGCCGCAAGUGCUUGGAAAGACCGACGAGCUUUGCAAGAGCGAUUCAGCAUUCAUGGAAAACUUGGGUGUUUGCGAAGAAUGUAUUACCAACAACGCUGAUUCUGGCUCUGAUCAAUAUUCAUCAAGAAUGUUGCCGACAUUUGCACAGUGGCUGAAUUUCUGCUCCGACAUGGUCACGUCCACAACAACACAAAGUGCCACCAGCACUAAGAUGGAGACCACGGCGACGAGCACCGAGACCACCACUACUACCAGCACAAAGGCUUCGACAGCAGCCACAAUUACUAGUACUCAGGCUACCAGCACUGAAGCUACCACCACCGAAACUACCACCACCGAGGCUACCGGCACCGAAGUAAGCAGUGCUGAAGCUACCGGCACUGAAACGACAAGCACUCAGUCCAGUGAGGAAAGCACUGCUACCACUGGGACCGAGGAAACAUCCAGCGCAGUCGAGACAACUCAACCAGUCACUGUCAUCACAACCUCAGCUUCCGGAUCAGUUGUGACAACCUCAGUGUCUGCUUCACUUGUCACAACCUCUUUCUCUGGAUAUGUCGUCACGAUCUCAACGUCAGGGUCCCUCGUGACAAGCUCAGUACCUGGAUCAAUUGCGACAACAUCAGUAUCUGGCUCGCUUAUCACAACCUCAUUACCCGGUUCAAUCAAGACCAUGUCGAGCACUCAGGGCACAGGGGUUGGCGGCGAAACCACAUCUGACAAUGGUUCUGGUAGUCCAUCGGGCUCGGGUGGCGGAACUCAGACUGAAUCGGCAACCACCUCUACAACUUCUCCAGCCUUCAAUGCGGCAGGAUCCUUAAAUAUCCCUCAUAUUGGCUUAAUUGGUCUAGUCUGGGCUAUUUUUGCUCCACUCCUUUAG